CCCAAACACACACGCGCGCGCAGCUCGACGCUUCUCUCUCUCUCUAUUUCUCUUCUCCGGUUCUUCUCCCCUCCCCGGCUAGCUUCUCCCCUCCGAAGCAUCCUCUAGCAAACGUGUAGGUUAGAGCCGCAGUAGCAGCAGCAGCGGCAGGCCGAGCGACAACAGCAUCCAUGGAUUAAAGCUCGCCCAGCUCUUAUUAUCUGCGGCUAGUCUGGCCCAGGCCUCCGCCCCUCCUCUCUCUCUGUUUCUUGUGUAUGUCUCCAUGUCUGCGCCUUUCUCUCGCUUUGACUAGUUGACAGGCAACGUCUGUUUUUCUUUUUCUUUUUCUUUUUUAGAGGCUCACGGUUAGCUAGGGCGUUAGCCUCACACACCAAACCUCACCAAGCUAACCGGGGCUUCUUCUUCUUCUUCUUCUUCUCUUCUUCCCAACAUCUCCCGCCGUCAAUUCAGGAUCAUUGUAGGUAGAGGAAUGCAAAUCUGCAACCAUGAUGGAAGGAUUGAAAAAACGUACCAGGAAGGCCUUUGGUAUACGGAAGAAAGAGAAAGACAAUGACUCUGCGGGGUCCCCAGACAGAGAGGGGGGUGAACCCCAAGAGGUUGAAUCGUCUCAAAGAAAGACCAAUGGCGCCCCAAAUGGAUUUUAUGGAGAAAUCGACUGGGACAGAUAUAACUCCCCUGAGGUGGAUGACGAGGGUUAUAGCAUCAGACCUGAAGAUGAGGCGGAGAAGCCAAGUCCACGUUGCCCUAAGACACAUUUCUUCUCCUCCGAUGAGUCAGAAGGAGAGGAGGACCACAGGAAAAAGUUCAAAAUUAAGAUCAAACCCCUCCCGGCAGAUCAAGUUGUGGCAGUGCCCUCGUUUGAAGAGCUCAAAGCCUCCAUAGGCAACAUUUCUUUAUCCCCAUCUCCUCUGAGACGUAGCCCGGGAUUGAAAAGUAACCCCUCCAGUGAAGAGAUUGUCAGACCAAGACGUGUUGUUCCUUCUGUGCCUACUACGGCCCCCACACCAGCUCCCGUACUCAAAGCCCCUAGCAGUCGUCAAAAUACACCAGCCCCGCAAGACACCGCAGAUUUGUUUGGGCCAUCUUUGGAAACAGCCUUUGGAGAGCAAAAAGUAGAAGUUGUUCUGUCUGAGACUGAUGUGUGGGGGGCUCCAAUGUCAGAGCCUGAUUCCUCAAGACCCUUCCCCGCAGGAACUCCACCUCCACUUCCACCCAAGAAUGUCCCAACAUCUCCCUUGGCUACUGUACCUGCCUCUCCAGAUGACACUGAUGUAUCAACAGAAGCAGAGAACGCCACAAAACAGCCAUCCAUAGCUGACUUGGAUAACAUAUUUGGACCAGAGCAGGCUCCCCCUGUCAUUGAGGAUGCCGAUGACACGUGGGUCUGCUUCAGUGAAAAGUCUCCUGAUCGGCCACCUCUACCAAAGGAACCCGCACCUCCACUUCCCUCUUCCCCACUUCUGGAGGAAACAGCACAUCCCUUGCAAUCUCCUCCCCCGCCGCCUGAAUCUCCUGCCUCGCUAUUACCCAUGUCACCACCUCCUUCAGAAAACACUUCAUCAGAUAUGCCUAAAUCUCCUUCAACAAAAGAAGUUCCCAUUGCUUCUCUACCCACUUCCCCACCGCCCUCAGAGGAGCCUACUGCACCAUCUAUUCCCACUGGGCAUUCUAAACCUGAAGACCAAAAUCCACUCUCUCCAUCCACUUCCUCACUUCCUUCACCCAAGGAGCUUGCAUUUUCAUUUGCUUCCACUCAUCCCCCUGUUGAUUCACAUAUCAGCAACCCGACACCUCCCAAAUCAAGCACGCCUCCUGUGUUGACGUCACCUGUUGAGGAAACAGCGGCACACUGUAUUUCACCAAUCCAGUCAAAAGAUACAGAUGCCACACAACCUAAAGAAGAUGAAGGUGAAAUUGCCACCUCGCCUAAAGAUGCAAAUCAGGGGAACAGAAGUACACCUCCACCACCCCCUCCUCCUACGUACCGGGCAGUGGUGUCAUCACCAGGUCCAACAUCAGGAGCUGGUGGGAUGAAAAGUGGUUCUUCUUCUCCUGUACGGCCUUCUACUCCUUCAACAGUCAACCCCACGCCGCCUGCUCCUCCGCCCCGUCCCCCUUCAAGACCCAAACUUCCUCCUGGAAAACCAACUGCAGGAGAUAUUAAUCGGCCAUUUAGUCCACCAAUCCAUGCGGCCAGCCCACCUCCUGUUGCUCCUUUGGCACGCGCAGAGAGCACCUCCUCCAUUUCCUCAACCAACUCCCUCAGUGCUGCCACCACUCCCACUGUCAGUAAAGACCUCUCUGUGUCAGAAGAUGAUGCUUAUGUAGACAAGCUGCCUUCUUUUGGGAGACAUUUUGAUUCAUUUGCAGGUUGCUCAAGAGGGCCAAGUCCUCUCACCAUGGGGGCUCAGGACACACUGCCUGUGGCUGCUGCAUUCACCGAGACGGUCAAUGCCUUCUUUAAAGGGGCCGACCCCAACAAAUGUGUUGUGAAGAUCAUAGGUGAGAUGGUUUUGUCGUUUCCAGCGGGAAUCACACGGCACUUUGCCAAUAACCCGUCCCCCGCUGUGCUAACCUUCAGCAUAACCAACUACAGUCGACUGGAGCAUGUGCUGCCUAACCCCCAGCUGCUCUGCUGUGACACCACAACACAAGCCAAGGCUGACGCUAAGGACUUUUGGGUGAACAUGCCAAACCUUAUAGCUCAUUUGAAGAAGGUGUCUGAACAGAAGCCGCAAGCCACAUACUAUAAUGUGGACAUGCUGAAAUAUCAGGUUUCCGUGCAGGGCCCCGUGUCCACUCCCCUGAACCUGGCAGUGAGCUGGAGGUGUGAGCACACCAGCACAGACCUGAGAAUAGACUACAAGUAUAACGGCGAAGCCAUGACAACGCCAAUGGCACUUAAUAACGUCCAGUUUCUUGUCCCAGUUGACGGAGGCGUUACCAAACUGCAAGCCGUGUUGCCCCCUGCUGCUUGGAAUGCAGAGCAACAACGAAUCUUAUGGAAGAUUCCAGAUAUCUCACAAAAAUCUGAAAACGGAGGUGUGGGGUCUUUGUUAGCCCGCUUCCAGCUAACAGAAGGCCCAAGUAAACCGGCUCCAUUGGCUGUGCAGUUCACCAGUGAAGGCACCACCCUGUCGGGCUGUGAUAUUGAACUGGCUGGGCCCGGGUAUCGCUUCUCACUUAUCAAGAAAAGGUUUGCUGCCGGAAAGUACCUGGCGGAUAACUAAUGUAAAAAGGAGACUGAGGAUGACGCAGAGGACAGACAAACAUCUCCCUUCACCUUUUGUCUGAGUGCAGGACCACAUCUUACCUACUCAGCAGUAUUGUAAAACUUUCAAUUGCAUUGUGGAACAGUUUUAGGUCGUGUAACAACCGUAUUUGUAUUUUGUUUCAUAACAUCUGAAUUGCUUCCGUUCCACUCUUGAACUCUUUCCUUUUUUUUUUUUUUUUUUCUUUUUUUUUUAAGUCUGUGCCUCUGGUCAAAUGGGUGGUGAUAUUUCACUGCAGCUGCCUGACCAGCGAGGUCCAGCCAUGUUCUACUGUGGAUGUAGUGCUGUUUGCUGUAUACAAACUUCAACAAGUUUGCUUGGGUAUUAUUCUAGUCUAAAAGGGUUCUAUAUCAACGUGAGUCACAUAUUAGCACAUAACAAAGUCGUCAGCGCUAAAUACAGAUACAGACAGGUGGGGAACCACUGUCCUUCAGCUGAUUUAGUUUGACGUCAAUGCUUGUGUUUAAAAAGAAAAAAAAACGUGUUUUUCCUGACUCAUCCACUGGUUCGACAGGGUCCUAGCACCUUUGGAUCACGUCGAUGUAUUCUUUUCUAUAUAAAUGCACUGAGCAGACGUUUUAACUGCUAUUUCUUUGUUUUUUAAGCCGGUAGGCAGCUGCAAUGAUGAACGAGUCUACUGCUAAUGAAACAAGGAAACCUGUGGAGAAGAAUUAAGUGUAUAAAGUGUCAUUUUAAAUUAAUAAUAUAUAUCUUAAAGGGCGUUUGGUGUUCUCCUUGUAUUGUCAGGUAGCCUUUCUGUUGUCGUCCAUGACAGCAGCGUUAACUCCAGACACCACGACAGCAUACUAUUUUUUAUUAUAAUUAUUAAUGAAAUGAUUUGUUGUAUAAAAUAUGAUUCUGUAUAUGAAUAGAAAUUCAAUGGUAUCACACAACUCUGAACCCUUAAAGGUAUAAAUAUUUCUUUUUUUUGUUUUGUUUAUGUGUAGUUGAGUAAAUGUGUACAGUAAAACGUAUAAUUUUUUUUCAAUUUAUUUCAGGUAUAUUUUUUUUUAAAUUCAAGUGCAACAGAAGUUUUGAGCUAUAUAUAAAUAUAUAUGGGUGGGGUCGGGUAACUUAAAAAAGAUGAAUAUCAUCCUGGAUGCUGUGUUUUGCUUUGUGAAAGCAGUGUUAAUGUAGACCACAUUGAAAUGCAAAUUUACUUUCAUGCUGGAAGUUAGCUGAGCGCAUCUGUGCCAUUUUUAUGGCUCUAUACACCUGUCAAUCACUAAUCCACUCAUACGAGACAUGACGGUACAGUAGAUCCCUGCCUAUUCGUGGUUCGGCAUUCUUUAAAUUGUAACGACUGAUGGGUAAAUGCAGCCUCAGCGAGUGAAUGGCAUACUCACUACCUGUAUGGGCAUUGCACUGAUACUUUGUUAGCAAUUAAUAACAGUCAUCUGCUGAAAAAAUGUAAUGGUGAGGAAAUAUAACUGUUAUUUUGGUGUUUUUUUUAAACAAAUAGCUGCACAGAUCAAAAUGAUCCCACACUUUGGGAUUUUUCCUUUAUUUUAACUCCAUUUAGAGCGAUGACGAAGACGUAAACCGAUGUCAAAUAUGGCACCACACUUUUCCGACUUUAUUUAGUACAAGCUGUCACUUGUGAGCCGAAAUGAUCACCUUCUGAUUAACACAUUUUGCUGCAUAGGUCACAUCUUUUUCUUAAAUUGACACACACACACCGAGGAACAUAAGAUCAUUCCUUGUGCUUCUUAAGGUAUCAAUGCUUUGGCUGUAACUAAUUCAUUUUUGGGGGGACGGGGGGGUAAAUUAAGUGGAAAGGGGUUUGAUAGCGCUAUCUGCAGGGCGACAAAUGUAGCUGCAGCUAUGAAUCCAACAGAGGGCGCUGUCCCUCAAGCAGAUAGAUGCUUUGGCAAGACCAGAUAUUGUGUAACUUCCCUAUUAUGAUGCAUACCUGUGAUUGUUUCUUAAAGUGAAAAGUAAAUUUUUAAAUGCUUUUAAUAACCGCAUAUUAUUAUUUUUUAAGGAGUGCCGUAAGUGGCUGACCCGUUGGCGGUCCGGUCUUGUCCCCUUGUAACGUAUGUCUGCUCUUAGUGGGACUGUACCGAAAAUUUAAUUUCAGUUCUUAUGUGUCUUGUACAUGUUAAAGAAUGGACAACAAUAAAGCAUCUUGAAUUAUGACGUUUAGACAACAGUUAACCCUCGUAUAUCACUGUCAAUUGGUUCCGGGACUGACCGUGGUAAACGAAAAUCCGUCAAAGUAGGAACUCUUCAUUAUCAAUCAAAUAUUUCAUAGUAAAAAAAUCUGUUUACAACAUUCUAAAUACGUUUUUUAACAUUAUGAGAGCUCUCUAGACAUAGUCAUAGUCACCUUUACACUCUUUUUAUUUAAUACAGAAGUACCUCAACUUACGAGCUAAUUGGUUCUAUGACGAAGCUCUUAACUCAUAUCAUUUGUAUCUCAAAUCGAUGUCUCAAAUUAGAAUUAAUCUUAAUCAAUUUAUUAACAGCACAAUUCUAAAAUGUAACAUGCCUUUUAAAAAGAAAAAAUAACUUUUAAAUAAGAAAUGUUGUAUAAAAACAACACAAUAGAAUGUAAACAAACAACUACAGUAAUUUUAAAAAGUAAUGUAAUAAUAAUGUAAAUUAUUUACCUUGGAGAGUGGACUUCUACGGUAUCUCAUUCCAGCUGCUUCUUAGUCAACACACCAUCAGCAGCUUCUCCAUAUUUUCAUUGAUAAAUGUCUUUCCAUUUGGAUAUUAUUUUAACGCACUUUGCUGGCGUUAUCAACUCAUUCUGCGUCAGUUUGGUGCCAACUAGCAGUGUUAAGCUUGAAUUGCUUCACCAAGUUAUAUUUUCGAUUAAUUCUUACUUUAAUAGAAUGUUUUCUUCUUCUCAGCACUGUCCUUAACGCUCACUUUCUUCCUUCCCAAUAUUGGAGAAACAAAGUUACUGUGUGUCAAUCUCUAGUUAUAAGCUAAGUCACGGGUCGGCAACCCACAAUGUUGAAAGAGCCACAUUGGACCAAAUAAACACACACAAAAACUGUCUGGAGCUGCAAAAAAUUAAAAGCCUUUUAUAAGUGUUAUAAUGAAGGCAACACAUGAUGUAAGUGUCUAUAUUAGCCUACUAUCAAAUGCUGACGCAAAUCUUCGUUGACAGAAAAGUUGUAUUUUAAUUUUUAUUCUACACAUUUUUUCAACAUUGGAAAACAUUAGUAAAAUGGAGGCUUCUCACAGGAUGAUAUAACUCCUGGAAAUUACUGGCUUAUAAUGGCCAACGGUAAACUGUAGAUGUGUGUCCAAGUCUUCUAAUGGCUUUAUUACAAUCUUUGCAAGCUGGGUAACGUUUACUGUGGUCUGGAACAACAUGGCGCACAAACUAAACAGAAAUGCAGCCAAUAGACAUACAGAUAAUGUGUCAUGAAACAUGCACAUAUAAAUUAAAUACACAGGCGACAUAAGUAAAGGAAAUUAAAUGAGCUCAAAUAUACCUACAAACGAGGCAUAAUGAUGCAGUAUGUACAUACAGCUAGCCUAUUUAGCAUGUUAUUUAGCUUGCUGUCAUGCACUGACCAAAUAUGCCUGAUUAGCAGUCCAACAAGUCAAUAACCAACAAAACUCACCUUUGUACAUUCAUACACAGUAUAAAGCAUUUGGUGGACAAAAUGAGACAAAGAAGGAGUGGCAUAAAACACAUCUUUCUGUGGCAGCAUCGGAGAAAGUUGUACAUGUAAACAAACCACGGUGAGUUCAGGGAUCACUGAAAUUAGUAGGACAAAACGCUGCUCGCCAAAUACUCUCAUCAGUGAAGUAUAAACACAAACAUAUUAAACAGUGGGAUUUCUAACAAUUAAGAAGGUUUGUGUCAUGUAUGUCCUCCGACAGAAACCAUAGUAAAACAAAAAAAAAAUAUAUUUUUCAUCUUUUUCCAUUUUCACAAUCUCCAGGGUGGCGCUAAAGAGCGAGAGCCGCAGGUUACUAACCCCCGAGCUAAGUGAUUCUUUGGUGUACAACUAGAUAGAGCCUGCGUACCACCACCACAGUCUGAGAAUCUAAAGCUUAACAAUUAGUCGAGAGACAGCUCUUAUCUCAAAACACUCUUAAGUUGGGUGUCAGGUUCAAACACUGAUGACAUCUAUUAAACAGGACAAGAAGCAAAGAAUCAGAGACAGAAUUCAAUUUGGCUCAAUUUGAGAAGAGAGGCCUGGACAGUGGGCACUGUACCCUUGUACAGUGUCUCAACACGCUCUGGCGAAAGAUUGUACGCCUCCUUCUUUUAUUUGGACUUUCCCCAACCACAUGGCAACAGCUGCUUCCAAAGGGACGGGGUCGUAAACAGCCAUCGCCUUUGAUUACAAAACAGUUGAAAAAGAGGUUCGUAAAAGAGUUCAAAAAAAGGUUCGUAAAAGGGUUAUAAGAGAGGUGUUUGGAAUUUGGACAGAUCCUGCCUUCUCUCCGCUUUGUAGUCUUGGGUUAAAACAAUAUAUUUCUGUUGAUUACAAUACAUGAAAGAAACAGAACACCUUCAUGUUGCUUCCCCCCUACACACUGGAGUUUUACAAGCCUUCUUCUUGGUAGGUUCAAAGACAUGUUUUGGCUUCUCGUCGGGAACUCAUUGAAACACAAAGUUUUUGUGAUAACUUAGAUACAAUUAUUCUAACAUUAGGGCACUCUUAAUUUGAGGUAUCACUGUACUACUGUGGUAUUGAUGUUUUUUAGUUCAUUUAACCAUUUUAUUGUUUGGAAAAAGCUUGUAAAAAAAUACGUAAAAUAUGCUUUAAAAACAUCUGCAAUAGAGUGAAGCUGCAAAUUAGUAUUAGAAGUAGUUGUUUUAAUGGGUGUGUUUUUUCCGCCAUUCUUGUUGUGUCUUUGAAUGCAAUCCCGGCGAAUAUCAUGGAUCUGCUGUACUGGCUUUUAUCAAACAUUUAAAAGCUUCUGCCCCUUUCAACGUUUCACAUCCUCAACAUCUGCAUAAUCUGUUUUUAAACAUAACCUGUGUCACACACUCUCUCCCAAAGUCCCCCCAAAAUUCCAUUCCCUGGUCCUUCAACCAGCACUGGAGUCCAUAGCUUUAUUUUGCAUCAUUGUAAUAAUGGUCUCUGUGAGAUGACAUGAUGAGGUUGUGGAGCGAGGUUAAGUUGACCAAAAUGCUUUUUGUGUGUAUGACUUAAUGUGCGUGUGCCCUGUCCUUUGACCCUGUGAAUGAGGAUAAGCUGAGUAUUUUUAAAACUGACGGGGGGAAAAAAAAAAUGCAAAUAUUUUAUUGUUAAUUGUGCGGGGGGGACGACAACAAGUGUGCUAAUGUCUAUUUUUCCCAGAUGCCAACAUGAAGUUUGUAUGUGAGGAGGAGGAGGAGGAGUCACACCCCCCCAACCCUGGUACUGUCUUGUCAAUAUUGUGUUCAAUAAAUCCAAACAUAGUCUUGUAAGGUCUGUUGUAGAAGCAUCUUAAACUAAGCAAGGAAGCCAUUAUCCCUUUCCUUAUAAUGUCCUGUUGCAACACUUCCUGCCCCCGACAGGAAGUUGAAACCAUCACACAACGGUGACUACAGACAUUUCUUAUUUACCAAUGCCCAUUGCAUCGGUCACCGGUCGUCUCCGGCAUCCAUCCUUUCAUAUAGAAACUUUUCCUCCGGCUCGUUUCUGUAGUGAAUGUGUCCUGCAGUAAUUGAUGAUUGCUUGUAGAGCAUGCAGGGGAGCCUCUACCUAACCUUUACUUGAUGUGCUGUGCUGUGUACUCACUCACCUGUAUUGAUGUUGACCAACAACAACAGUCUUGUUUUUUCCCUGUGCUGUGAGUAAGACGGCUUUAACAUCCGACGCCAUGCAAGAUCAAUGCUAAAAUGGAUUCAGCAACUUAGUUCGCUUCCUUCCAAAUCCAAUAAAAAUUAAUUGAAACUA